AUGGACGAUGAAAUCGAUGAUAUAGAUAGAGUCUCUGGCUUACCUGAUUUUCUCCUGCAUCGGAUAUUGUCUUUUCUCCCCCGAAAAGAUGCGAACCAAACCUGUGUCUUGUCUAAACGAUGGAAUUAUAUUUGGGAUACCUCCCCUGUAUUUGACUUCGAUCAAGAUAUUUAUAUACCCGACCCUAUCGCGUUUACGCCAAAGUAUAGGAAGCAAGCUCGGGAAUUCAUAAACUUUGUCGACAAGUCUUUGCAGAGAUUCAGUUGCUGCAAUUUGUUAAUGGAGAAAUUGGAGCUACGCAUGCGUCUUAUCGAGCGUAACCAUUUUCCAAUGAUUGAUCAAUGGCUAGCAUUAUUUCUUAAUCUAGAUAGUGGAGUUCAAGAGAUGCGCCUGAUGGUCAAAACAGGUUACUCAGAUUAUGAUGAUGAUGAUGGUAUCUACACUCUUCCUAAGACGACAUUUGUGGCCAAAUCAAUAAGUGGUCCUUCCAAGUUGGAUCGUCUUCAAAAACUAUCACUGGAGUUCGUUAAUAUAAGUGAAUCAGUUAUCCAGAAUAUUGACCGUAACUGUCAUAAUCUCAACUAUCUUUAUCUUCAAAAUAUUUGUGGACUCAAAACUCUCCAGAUUUCCAAACUUAACAAACUUGAGACGGUUACCAUUGUUAGUACCGGAUACUUGCGUGACCUUGAGAGCGUCAAUAUUGAUGCACCAAAUCUUAAAUACUUCCGUAUAGAUGCAAAUGGUCCUAAGUGUUGCAUCAGUUUGAAUUCAUGCUAUAAUUUGAAAGAACUACGUUUAAGUGGUUGUGGGAUCACCGAUGACUUAUUGCAUUGGUAUCCUUCUAGAUUUCCCUUCAUUGAAGUUCUUGAAAUUUCCAAUUGCAGCUUGUUGCGAAAGUUUGAGAUUUCUGCUCAGCGCCUUAAGAGACUUCGACUCUUUUUUGGAUGUCUUGGUGUUGAGAGGAUUCAAGUCAAUGCUCCAACCUUGUCAAUAUUUGAAUGCAUGACUUUUAAUAAGCCUGUCUUAAUUCCAGAGAAUGUCCCAUGUCUCAUGAAAAUUGUUUAUGCAAUGCAUAGAGUUGCAGAUAGUUCUUGGUUCUCUGAGUUAAGGAAAUCUCUCGGACAUCUGCCCCAGAGGAAACUCUUCACUGUGGAAAUUCAUCCCUGCAAGGCAAGUACUUAUGCCAGUUUGUCCCUUUUCUCAAAUAUAUACGCAUGCUUAUGA